GGAGCGCUGCCCUGGAGCGCAGCCUUCACAGACAUCAGCACUGCUGCGGCAGGGCCUUGGUGCGCCUCUGCCGGGGGAAGCACGCUUGGGGGCGUUACGAGGAGGAGAGUGAAGAACGACAUGAAUUACUCUCGGUUCAUCACCACUGUGAGCGCAGCAAGAAAAGCAUCUCCAAUAAGACUUCUGACUGAAUUGAUGGAGCAGUCUCCUCCAUCUCUCAUCUCUCUGGCUGGAGGAGCACCGAAUCCUGACCUUUUUCCAUUUAAGAAGGCUACUAUUACCAUUGGACAUGGAAGUUCUAUUGAGAUUGGGGAAAAGCUGAUGAAGAGAGCUCUCCAGUACUCAGCCUCAGCAGGGAUUCCAGAGCUGUUGUCUUGGCUAAAGAAUUUCCAGCGAAAUCUACAUAAUCCCCCCACAGCCAACUACAGUCCUGAGCAAGGACAAAUGGAAGUGUGUGUCACAACCGGCAGUCAGGAAGGCUUGGGUAAAGUGUUUGAAAUGCUCAUUAACCCUGGGGACAACAUCCUCUUGGAUGCACCAACAUACUCUGGGACACUAGCAGCUCUGAGACCAUUGGGUUGUAACAUAAUUAAUGUUCCUAGUGACCAACACGGCAUUAUUCCAAAUGCUCUAAAAGAAAUUCUAUCUACUUGGAGCCCAGAUGAUAGCAGUCACCUUCCCAAAUUCCUGUACACUGUUCCAAAUGGGUGCAACCCAACUGGAAACUCUCUGACCACAGAGCGCAAGAAGGAGAUUUACCAGCUUGCAAGAAAAUAUGAUUUUCUCAUAAUAGAAGAUGAUCCUUACUACUUUGUUCAGUUUGAAAAGCCAUGGGCUCCAACUUUCCUCUCAAUGGAUGUGGAUGGUCGAGUUAUCAGGACUGACUCAUUCUCUAAAAUUCUCUCAUCUGGGCUAAGAAUAGGUUUUCUGACAGGACCCAAGCCUCUUAUCGACAGAAUUAUUCUACACAUACAGGUUUCAACAAUGCACACCAGCACUUUCACACAGAUUAUGAUAUUACAGCUGCUUCAGCAAUGGGGAGAAAAGGGUUUCUUGGAGCAUAUAGACAGAGUGGUGGAGUUCUACAGGACCCAGCGGGAUGCAAUGCUCAGUGCUGCUGACAAGUGGUUAAAAGACUUGGCAGAAUGGUACCCUCCUGCUGCUGGGAUGUUCUUAUGGAUCAAAAUUAAGGGUAUUUCUGAUACACAGCAGCUCAUCAUGGAAAAAGCUUUGCAGAAAGAAGUGCUACUGGUUCCUGGAGGAGCAUUCAAUAUCAAUAGUUCAGAGCCGAGUUGUUACGUCAGAGCCUCCUUCUCUUUGUCUUCUCCAGCACAGAUGGAUCUGGCCUUCAAGAGACUGGCUGACCUUAUAAAAGAAGCUUUAUGAAAGAGCUAAAUAGAGAUCUUGCAGCAAUCAAAAUCAACUCCAGAAAAUAUUUACUAACAUUUGUAUUUCAUCAGAACACUUUUUGGGGGUUUACUUUGAUGGAUCAUUGCAUCACUAAGUUUAUUCAAUUUCAGAAGCAUUUAAAAUACUCAAACCCAAAUGUUCUGUUUUCCAUCAAAUCUGUGGAUUUGUUACAUUUGAAUGGAUUUUUUGGUUUGGCUUUUCUUUUCCAUUUGGGUUGCAAAAGAGGGAAAUCAGUUACUUAGGACAUUGCACCUGAGGUGAUUUUAGCCACUAUUACUUAAUCCCAACCGACACAUUCCUCCAACACCUUAUGUUGGAAUUGUCUGUCACUUUCCUUCUUGUCCUGUUGUAUGGCAUCUGGUUUUGAAGAUGUGAAGAUCAGUAUUUAAUUUUACUAACAUUUUGUCAGGUAAAACUGAUGUAAGGGUGUUGAAAAAUUGAAACUGAUCCAGCAAAUUUAGGCUAUGAUUAUAGUUCAUCUUCUAAUUUGUACAAGGGUUUCUGAUUUCUGGCUUCUAACUUCAGCCGGUGAAGAAUUACUAUGUAUCUGUGUUAGAAAUUCUGUGGUUUGCAAAGGCAUGUGGCCGUGCUAAUAGAACUGCUCCCUGCUCUUAGUUAAUCAAUCAGAUGUGCAUUUGAAUAGGGACCAUGAGUAACUCCCUUAUGAGGAGAGGCUGAAGGAGCUGGGUCUCUUUAGCUCGGAGGAGACUGAGGGGUGACCUCAUCAGUGUUUACAAAUAUGUAAAGGGUGGGUGUCAGGA